UCAGUUUCUAUUCUCUAAGAACAUGUGCGUCUGCUUAUAAAAUAAGAAACCUCCAUUUCUAUUCUUUAAAGAUAUGUUUAUCUGCUUAUAUAAUCCUCUGAAGGCCGGGAAAGUUGGAUCUUUUCUGAUUUGAAAAUGUCGAUAAUGCUGAGAGUCUUUGUUGAUAGUUCCAAUCUCGAGACUUGGUUUAAUUUUCUUCAAAAGUCAGAUCAGAAUUGAAGAGCGAUUGCAGAGACACUGAUGGAAACACAGCGCGGUUUCAAUCUGGGAAUUCCAAGCGCUACAAAGCACAUUACAUUCCUCUUCGCUUCAUUUCUGCUUCUCCUUCUCCUCUUUCACAUCCACUUUUCCCCUUUUGAUCUCUCUUCUUCUCCUGCUUCCCAUCCAUGGAUGUUUCCUGACAGCUCAGGGGUCGUCGAGUCACUGACAACCAAGCUCAAACAGUCUGUUACUUUCAUGCCAUUGAAGGACCUCAGAUUCGCUCAGACCGCCAUGACUGGCAAUACAUGGUUUAUGAGCUCCUUAAAUGACACACACGAGAAAGACGAAGCACAACACUUGUAUUUCCCUUCGGAUGCAUCUCAGGGCCGCCUUCUUUGCGUUAAAGGCCGCAACAUUCGAGACGGCACACAAAACUCCUACGCCUUAGCAUGGCGGAGCAGUCUUCCCUUCUCCGCCACGCUCCUGGAAGGCCUAACCUUCAUAUCCGACUCUUACUACAGCCAUGAAAAUCUGUGGCAUGGGUUAUGCGCCGUGGUGCCUUUCGUGCGGUGGGCAAUGCGGAACGGGUGCGUGAAGCCACAAAGAUGGGUGCUUUUCCACUGGGGAGAGAUUAGGUACAAGAUGGGGUCGUGGGUUCGACAGCUGAUGGAGACAGAGUUCGGAGAUGUCGAGGUUGAGAGGUUUAAGGAAGGAGACGAUGAUGGGCCGUACUGUUUUGAGAGGGCGGUGGUGAUGAGGCAUGAUAUGGGGGAAAUGGGGAUAGAGAACAAGCUCAAAGCUUUUGACUUGUUGCGGUGUAAGGCUAGGAAUUACUGCGGGUUCAUGCCGGAAAGUAGGAGGGAGGUGGACGACAGAGGCUUUCCGAUCAUACGGUUAACUCUGCUCAUGAGAAGAGGCUCCCGGUCGUUCAAGAACGCCGCCGCGGUUACCGAUAUAUUUGCUGAAGAAUGCGCCAAGGUUGAUGGGUGUGUCUUGAAUGUUGCCCAAUCUGAAGAUCUCUCAUUCUGUGAUCAGGUGAGAGUGAUGACGAACACAGACAUUGUUGCAUCUCCACACGGGGCGCAACUAACCAACAUGUUCUUCAUGGACCGUGGCAGCAGCGUAAUGGAGUUCUUCCCAAAAGGGUGGCGGGAGUAUAGCGGCAUAGGUCGAUUUGCGCAUCACUGGAUGGCAACUCAGUCCGGCAUGAACCACCGGGGAGCCUGGUGGGAUCCAAACGGACCCGAUUGCCCUAACCCCAAAGAUUCCUCCCAAUGCUUUUCGUUUCACAAGAAUGGAAAGGUGGGUCACAACCAAACCUAUUUUGCAGAGUGGGCAAGCAAAGUGCUCAAUCAAGUGAAGUUGAUGAAGAUGGAGAAAGCUUCCAAAACUGCUGUGAAUACUACACUGCAUGCUUCAAAUGCCUGUGCUUGUUAAUUAGUUUGCUCAUCAUAUAAUAUAAAA